UUCUUCCAGCUCUCUGGCCUCCCCAUCAUGAACCGCCAACUCACCUACAAGCAGGGAGCUGUUACCAAAGGGGGCUUUAGCGGCUGUUCUGCAGUCCUCUCCAGGGGCAGCUCAUCCUCCUACCGUGCAGGGGCCAAAGGGCUCAAUGGGGGCUUUGGCAGUCGGAGUCUCUACAGUUUGGGGGUCACCCGGAGCAUGCCCUUCAAUGUGGCCAGUGGCUCUGGGCGGGCAGGGGGCUAUGGGCUUGGCUGGGGUCGGGCCAGUGGCUUUGCGGGCAGCAUGCUUGGUAAUGUGGCUCUAGGACCUUCAUCUCCAUCCAUGUACCUGCCUGGGGGCAUCCACCAGGUCACCAUCAACAAGAGCCUCCUGGCGCCCCUCAAUGUGGAGCUGGACCCCGAGAUCCAGAAGGUGCGCGCCCAGGAGCGGGAGCAGAUCAAGGCGCUGAACAACAAGUUUGCCUCCUUCAUCGACAAGGUGCGCUUCCUGGAGCAGCAGAACCAGGUGCUGCAGACCAAGUGGGAGCUGCUGCAGCAGCUGGACCUGAACAACUGCAGGCAGAACCUGGAGCCCAUUUACGAGGGCCACAUCAGCAGCCUGCGGAAGCAGCUGGAUAUGCUGUCUGGGGACAGGGUGAGGCUGGACUCGGAGCUCAGGAGCAUGAGGGAAAUGGUGGAGGACUACAAGAAGAGGUAUGAAGAGGAAAUAAACAAGCGCACAACUGCAGAGAAUGACUUUGUGGUGCUUAAGAAGGAUGUGGAUGCAGCAUACAUGAUGAAGGUGGAGCUACAGAUUAAGGUGGAUGUCCUGGAGGAAGAAAUCAAAUUUUUCAAGUGCCUGUAUGAAAGGGAGAUUGCUCAGAUGCAGUCCCAUAUCAGUGACACAUCUGUCAUCCUGUCCAUGGACAACAACCGGAACCUGGACCUGGACAGCAUCAUCACUGAGGUCCGUGCCCAGUAUGAAGACAUCGCCCUGAAGAGCAAGGCUGAAGCUGAGGCUCUGUACCAGACCAAGUUCCAGGAGCUGCAGUUGGCAGCUGGCCGGCAUGGGGAUGACCUCAAACACACCCAGAAUGAGAUCUCAGAGCUGACCCGGCUUGUGCAGAGGCUGCGCUCAGAGAUUGAGAGUGUGAAGAAGCAGUGCUCCAACCUGGAAACAGCCAUUGCUGAUGCGGAACAGCGAGGUGACUGUGCCCUAAAAGAUGCCCGAGCCAAGCUGGAUGAGCUGGAGGGUGCCCUGCAGCAGGCCAAGGAGGAGCUGGCUCGGAUGCUAUGCGAGUACCAGGAGCUCAUGAGCGUGAAACUGGCCCUGGAUGUGGAGAUCGCCACCUACCGCAAGCUGCUGGAGGGCGAGGAGUGCAGGAUGUCCGGGGAAUACACAAACUCUGUGAGCAUUUCUGUCAUCAGCAGCUCUACAGCUGGGACAGCAGGUGCAGGGGCUGGCUUUGGGUUUGGUGGCGCUGGCACCUACGGAUACUGGCCCAGUUCAGUCAGUGGAGCUUAUGGUAUGCUGUCAGGGGGCUGUGUCACUGGCAGUGGGAACUGCAGCCCCCGUGGGGAGGCCAAAACCAGGCUAGGCAGUGCAAGCGAAUUCAAGGAUGUCCAAGGGAAGACCUUGGCUCUGAGCUUACCUGCCAAGAAAACCAUAAGAUGA